UCAGCAAACCAACGCUCUCUCCUAGGCAUCGAUAUCACUGCCGUUCACAUUGCUUGACAACCACCGCCACCUCGGCCUGUCAUUCGCCCUACAUACAUCCUUGGUCCUUGGUUAUCCCGCCAGCUUUGACCAAAUAAGCAAGAAAAUAAUAAUAAAAAAAUUGACACUCAUCAUCUUCGGUAGUCGCAGCCUUCCCCGCUUACCAUGCACGUACCUCCACCUGUCUGUCUGUCUUCCUAUGGACGUCCAACCGUGGAGAUAUUGCCCCUAUUCUGUACAGAUCCGUCAUCUCUUCGUAGCCAAUGGCAAGCAUCAGCGGCGGGUGUGCGAGGCCGCAAUCAGCCAACACGCUGAGCCAGUGCGACUGACACUAAAAUUGCACACGAGAGACGUGGUACUGGUCGGGGCCAGUCAGAUGCCCAAGACAACGGCCGGGGGCUUGUUCUCGAACAUGUCAUUCUCCCUGCGUUUGGGUGCAAAUCUUAUUUGGCGAUAUCUGACAUCAAACUUUUCAAGACGCUCAGACUUGCACAUCGGAGCCCCUGGCUAUGACGAAGAGGGGUGGAAACAUCAGGUUAGCAUCUACCUUGUGACCGGCCGCAGAUUCUCGGGAGGACCCCAAGAGGCUUGCACAGGCAACGUUGGUAGGAACUUUUGUCGAAUCGAUAGGGCUGAGCGCCCUGAAUGCUUACCGUCUCUGGAUGCGGACUCGCGCCCACUUGACACCAUGCAAGACGGCGUGAACCCUCCCCAAGGCAGAUAAAUGCCACUGGAGCAGCAUACACGCUGUAUGUCUCUCCGUCCCACGCCGGCCGGUUGGUUACACUCCAUCUAUGAGAUCGCUCCCGUACUUGGUAUGGUUCCUUACGGGUAGGGUACCCUGAGCCCAACAUGCCACCAAACGAACGCAUGCAACGGGUCUACAGCCAGGAACCCGGAAGCUUUGCCAUGU